AUGAACACUUCUAACGCCAUCACCGGCAGCCGCCUCAUCGCCUUCACCACGCCGGAAAACUACGCCGGCCGUCUCUCCCACCGCAUUCACCUCAAGGGUUGGACCCCACUCUGGUGCCCCACCAUCGCCGUCGAACCCACCACCCAAACCAAAUCAUCUCUUCUCCAUUACCUCUCACCUCCAAACCCCCUCCUCGAUCAAUUCUCCGCCCUCGCCUUCACCUCACGAUCAGGAAUCUCAGCUUUCUCCGACGCCUUGUUGGAGCUCAACUCGCCGCCGUUAUCCCCUUCCGGUGAACCCUUCACAAUUUCAGCUCUCGGAAAAGACGCCGAUCUCAUCGAUAACUCGUUUAUCGGUAGAAUCUGUGACAACAGUCGGAGAAUCAAGCUUUUGGUUCCUGAAAUUGCAACUCCGGCGGGUCUGGCGAGGGCGCUGGGGUUGGGGCGUGGCCGGAAAGUGCUAUGUCCGGUGCCAUUGGUGGUGGGGUUGGAAGAACCACGAGUCGUCCCUGAUUUCUUACGGGAUUUGGUUUCAAAGGGAUGGGUGGCGGUGAGGGUGAACGCCUACGAGACACGGUGGAUGGGAGCGGUGUGUGCGGCGGCGCUGUUGAGAAAAGAUGGUUCGCCGGCGGUGGAUGCGAUUGUGUUUACAAGUACAGGGGAAGUGGAAGGGAUGUUGAAGAGUUUGAGAGUGAUGGGUUUGGAUUGGGAAACUGUGAGGAGGGAGAAUCCGGCGAUGGUGGUGGCGGCGCAUGGGCCGGUGACGGCGGCCGGAGCGGAGAGUUUAGGGGUGGGUGUGGACGUGGUGAGUAGCAGGUUUAGUAGCUUCGAUGGUGUUGUAGAUGCUCUUGCUUUGUUAAUGGAUGAUUAA